AUGGGCCACGGCACGGAGGAAUGCCGCACGUUGCAGCGCGAGGUGAGAAAGCUGAUAGCGGCAGGGAAACCUAUUAGGGCACAGGGUGGUAAUGCUUUGACACCUAUAGGAAUAAACACGAACGCCGGAGGGUUUAGAGGAGGAGGAGUCACUAGUGCAGCUAGAAAGCGCCACGCUAGGGCGGUGAACGCAGUCACGGAGGUCCCUUUCGGUUUUUCACAUCCAGACAUUACUUUUUCAUCCAAUGACUUCUUUGGAGUAAAGCCGCAUCUGGACGAACCGAUUGUAAUCCUCCUUCGCGUUAACCAACUCAAUGUACAACGAGUAAUUUUGGACCAGGGGAGUUCAGCGGACAUCAUUUACGGCGAAGCAUUUAAUCGGCUUGGUUUGAAUGAGGGAGACCUCACUCCUUAUGCAGGGACUCUGGUGGGAUUUGCAGGCGAGCAAGUAUGGGUGAGAGGCGUCCUUGACCUUGACACCACAUUUGGCGAGCGUGAGAACGCUAAGACGCUAAAGGUGAGAUACCUGAUCCUUGUAGCGAAGGGAUCUUACAACAUGAUAAUUGGCAGAAACACUUUGAACCAAUUGUGCGUCGUGAUCUCGACGGCACAUUUGGCGGUUAAAUAUCCUUUGCCAAAUGGACGAAUUGGGAGAGUUGCCGUGGACCAGAAAACUGCGAGGGAGUGCUACUGCAACGCAAUAGAUCAGUAUGGGAAAAGGAACGCCUCGGUAGGAAACCGAUUCAACAAAGUCGAGGCACCGGAAGAGAACCUAGAUCCAAGGGGCGAAGGGCGAGUCAACAGGCCCACGCCAAUCGAGGAAACCAAGGAGCUGAAGUUUGUCGAGAAAGUGCUCAAAAUAGGGACCAGGCUGACUGAGGAGCAGGAGGGGAGAUUAUCAAAGCUGUUGGGCGAAGAUUUGGAUCUUUUUGCUUGGAGUCACAAGGACAUGCCAGGAAUAGACCUGGACUUUAUUUGCCACAGGCUGGAGCUGAAUCCCGGAAUCAAACUAGUGACUCAAACACGUCGACGAAUGGGCGAUGAAAAGGAGAAAGCAAUCCAACAAGAGGUAAACAAAUUACUGGCAGCAGACUUUAUCCGGGAAAUUAAGUAUCCUACCUGGCUGGCGAAUGUGGUGAUGGUAAAGAAGGCAAAUGGGAAAUGGCGAAUGUGUGUGGACUACACAGACCUGAAUAAUGCAUAUCCAAAGGAUUCUUACCCAUUACCAAGCAUAGACAAGUUAGUGGAUGGGGCGUCUGGAAAUGAGUUGUUGAGUCUGAUGGAUGCAUAUUCGGGAUAUCACCAAAUUCAGAUGCACCCGUCUGAUGAUGAUAAAACGACCUUUAUGACCGCCAGGGUAAACUACUGUUAUCAGACCAUGCCUUUCGGACUGAAGAAUGCGGGGACGACAUAUCAACGGUUGAUGGAUAGGGUAUUCCAGGGCCAAGUGGGAAGGAACAUGGAGGUCUACGUUGAUGAUAUGAUCGUAAAGUCAGUUUUAAGAUCAAGCCAUCACGAGGAUUUAACAGAAGCUUUUGGCAGGCUCUGA